ACACGAGUUUAUUUUAGUGACGACCAGUGAUGGUGUAAACGAAGUAGCCUGACAAUUACUGCGAGCGAUAACGUGCUUUUGAGGGACGUUUCGCAGUCAAACAGAAACAUCUGCGUCGCUUUGAGGUUCCUGAGUUUGGCUGAAACAUCAGAAAUGUUGCUGCAGACUUUAUGGUUUAUUCCAGGCGGCGACAAAAAGCCCCAACCUGGCUAGCGUGGCUAACUAGCACCAGGGCUAGUUUCCGUUAGCCUCAUCGUUGUCGCGUCACCACAGCGUUAAGUAAAUCCUGCCGUUAUUGUCAUUUUGUUUCAAUACAUUAACUCGAAUUAUUCAAAUAGCCAAUUGUCGGGUUUUAGAUCAAAUUGUCUCCGUUCGUCUGUUUAUAUCCUCUGAUACUGUGGUGAAGCCGAGCUUAUGGCCUCCUGAACGACCUGUGUCCAUCAUCGUUCCUCGGUGUCCGUUCGCAUUAACCGGUCCGUUAAGCGGCUGUUAAAAUGCAGCCCUGAUCCGUGCUCUGUCGGUCCGCUCCGGGAACACUUGGAACCAUAAACCUGUCUCUUCAGUUCCGGCUGACAUGGCAGCCAGUGGAUACUCUGACCUGAGGGAAAAGCUCAAAUCAAUGACUCCACACAGGGACGAGUACAAGAACAAACACGCGCACGAAACGAGCAACGGCAGCGAGAAAAGUAGAAAACGAAAGAAUCGUGAGUCCGACGGAGACGAGUGCGAACACAGCGAUGACAGCACGGAGCUCCGGGAGCAGGAGGCCCGCCGAGUGGAGAGCAGCAUCCUGCAGAAAGGUCUCUUCACGGCGGAGGACUGUGCCCUGAUCGAGGAGAAGAUCGACGAAGUGGUGGCCAAGGCGGAGGCCGGGCUUUACCGGGAGCACACGGUGGACAGGGCGCCGCUGCGGAACAAGUACUUCUUCGGGGAAGGCUACACGUACGGGUCACAGCUGGAGAAACGUGGCCCAGGACAGGAGAGACUCUACCGCAAGGGAGAGGUGGAUGAGAUCCCAGGCUGGGUGGACGAGUUGGUCAUCAAGAGGCUGGUGUCUGAAGGCGUGAUCCCAGAAGGCUUUGUCAACAGUGCUGUCAUCAAUGACUACCAGCCCGGAGGCUGCAUCGUGUCACACGUGGAUCCUCUGCACAUCUUUGCUCGACCCAUCGUCUCCGUGUCCUUCUUCAGUGACAGCGCCCUGUGCUUCGGCUGCCGCUUCCAGUUCAAGCCCAUCCGUGUGUCUGAGCCGGUGUUUGUCCUGCCAGUGAGGAGAGGCAGUGUCACCGUCCUCAGUGGUUACGCUGCCGAUGACAUCACUCAUUGCAUCCGGCCCCAGGACAUUAAGCAGCGGCGUGCAGUCAUCAUCCUCCGAAAGACCAGACCUGAUGCUCCUCGUCUGGACUCUGACAGUCCUCUGAGGUCGUCUCCUGUAGAGAGACGCCCUGUUCUAAAAGCCAAACGCUCUCACCGCAGAGCUGACCCUGAUGCUGCACAUCGGCCGAGGGUCCUGGAGAUGGACAAAGAGGAGAACAGACAUCCGUCGCUGUCCCGACGUCGUCGUCACAGCAGCAGCUCCGAGAACUACUGGAAACGCAGUCAGGAGUACGAAAAACACAGAGAGAGUUCAGGACGCAAAGUCAAAAUGAGGCGUCACUGAGCAUCUGCUGCAGCACACACUACACAGUCUUUCACUUUUCAGUAUUCCUCAAUCAGAACUCUUUUCCUGCUGCAGGAACUGUAACCAAACUGUCGGAUGAGUCCGAGUGUAGCUUAGAGUCUUGGCAGAUUGAAGCUGGCAUCUCUGCCUCAGAUGAUGGAACGACGUCACGCGGUUGGAUCUGGUUGUCAAAUCUAUUCAUUUACUUUAAAUUAAACUUUUUUUUGUUGGUGCAAAGAUUAAAAAGGCAUGUAUUUUUUGUAACUAAGUUGUACAGACCUUAAAACCUAAGACGGACUUGUACAAAAGAAGAAGCUGACGUGUAAUCUAACUUGUUAUACUGUACAAUACGUUUGUAUAGAUUUUGAGUGGGUGAAAUUGGAUGAACAAACUCAUUUCUUUUGUAUUGAACCUAAAUCUGGGAUUCAUAUUUUUCCUCUGUCUCUGUUCAAGGCUGUGUUCACACUGGUUGUUGGUUCUUGAUGCAACAAAAAGAUCUGAAUUCUAAUUAAAAUUGUGUGUCUGACAAAUUGAGGAGUGAAAAGUCCAAAUACUAGAUGAAUAACAGAGUUGAACUGACUGAGCUGCGGUGAAACAAGUGUGGAGACGUGCAGGAACCAAAUGAUGGGAGGUUGGUUCAUAGUAAUAAUACGGCCACUCACCUGAACUAAAGUAAACAGUGAAAACCCUUUGGUUCAUGGGGACUAACGUGUUAUUACUGUUCUCUACUAAACCAGUUUAUUCUUGGUUCAACACGUUGGUUUGGGAGAUGAAAACAAUCUUCUGUUUCUUUGGCCUCAGUCAUUCAUCCACAGUCUGCAUUUGAUUUGAAUGGAUUUUGAAACAUCCUUUUAUUUCAUAAAGUUUGGGUUUUGUUUGCUCUCGAUGCUCAGAUUUUUUUUUUCCUCAUUGAAAUUAAAGGUUAUGUUCAGAGAAUAA